AUGAAAAAGAAAAUGUAUAGUCUUGCUUCUUCUUCCUACACGACUCCACUCCGCUGCAUCAAGCUCUCACCUUUACUCAUCCGCCGCAAUCUCCGCCGCAAAAAUCUGCAACUUCGCCGUCGAAAUUCUCAGAUCAGAGCAAUGAGAGCUUUAAUCCAAAGAGUCUCAUCUUCCUCCGUCACGGUGGAUGGUCGAAUCGUGUCGGAGAUUGGACCUGGUCUCUUAGUUUUAAUCGGAAUCCAUGAAUCAGAUACAGAUUCUGACGCAGAUUACAUAUGUCGGAAAGUUUUAAACAUGAGAUUGUUCGAUAAUGAAACCACUGGCAAAGGAUGGGACCAAAAUGUAAUGCAGAGGAACUAUGAAGUUUUACUUGUUAGUCAGUUUACAUUGUACGGAUUCUUGAAAGGUAACAAACCCGAUUUUCAUGUCGCAAUGCCGCCUGAGAAAGCUAAACCGUUUUACGCUUCUUUAGUCGAGAAAUUCCAGAAAGCAUAUAAACAUGAUGCAGUGAAAGAUGGUGUUUUUGGAGCUAUGAUGAAGGUCAAUCUUGUAAACGACGGUCCAGUCACGAUGCAGCUCGAGUCACCCCAAUCCUCCAAGAAUGAGACAAAGGCAUCAACAGAAUCAUAG